UUCAUCAUUCUGCAAGUCGAACCACCGAGCCACAGACGACGAUGAUGACGAUGCUGACGACGACGAUGCGCUCGACGAUGACCAAGGCGCUGCGCCUGCCGACGCGGACUCUCGGCGCCGCGGGCCCCGUGCGCAUGUACCACGAGAACAUCAUCGACCACUACGAGAACCCGCGCAACGUGGGCGCGCUCGACAAGAAGUCGACCAACGUGGGCACUGGCCUCGUGGGCGCGCCGGCCUGCGGCGAUGUCAUGAAGCUCCAGAUCGAAGUGGACGAGCAUGGCACGAUCGUCGACUCCAAGUUUAAGACGUUUGGCUGCGGCUCGGCGAUUGCGUCCUCGUCGGUCGCGACCGAGUGGCUCAAGGGCAAGAACAUCGACGAUUGCCUCAAGAUCAAGAACACGGACAUUGCGAGCCAUUUGAAGCUGCCGCCCGUCAAGCUCCACUGCAGCAUGCUUGCCGAAGACGCCAUCAAGGCCGCGGUCAACGACUACAAGAAGAAGCAGCAAAAGGCCUCGGCGUAAAUGAUGCAUCCUUCUCUAUUAUCAUAUCUUCAGUUUAGUGUAACACAUAUUUCCCUUUUCAAUCCACGUUUUCCACUUGUACUCCGC